AGUACCACGAGGGUUCUGAUGACUCAAGAAAAGAGAAGAAUCCAAAAGGAACCAGCAGUGCACAGGAUUCCAUCAUGAGGUCUGCACGCCUUGAGGUUACACUCAUCAUCUUCCCCAGUACACCACUGAGGAACCCUUCACACUUGAAGAUGCUUCUGGCGUGCUUUUAAGCCUACACUUUGAGAGCUGUGCCUAAAAGUUGCUAAAAUCAAACCAGAUUUGAACGCUGAACCUAACUUCACAAGGACAACCUCUUAACCUCUAAACCACUGCUCUGUUCAGGUGAUGUGAUGUGUUCGAUGUUGUAUUUAUAGUUUAUUUGGAAAAAAAACACUUUAAGGUAUGGAGGACUUGAACCAACAACCUUACUUCGCAGCAGCCUCUUAUCUCGUUGAGCCACUGCUCUAGAUUAUGUUGAAAUAAAGACUGUGGGUUGGACCUGUUCUGUGAGUUUGUGGUUCCACCGCAUCAGGCUGAACUGGGUUCAUGUUCUGUCAGGACUAAAACCGGGUUCCAUAGAGAACUUAUGAGGUGUCUGUACCUGUCUGAGCCUGUUUGACUCCACCUGAGGAAUGUGGGUCUGGCUCUUUGUGAUGAAGAUGACACAUGCUACCUGUGCAGCUCAGUGUGUUCACAGACACUUGACUUCAGGAGCAGAGAGAGUCCAGUGUCACUAAUUACUGACUACACACACUGUGUUUGGACUAGUUCCUCUCAUUUAGUCAGUAAAGUCAAAGGUUUUAGGUCUAAACUGAGUUCAGAGCUGUGUGUAUCAGAGGAUUUCCAUUGAACAAACACAGGAAGCUUCUCCACCUUGUUUCCAUCUUUAUUGCAUCUCACGUCACACGUCACACGUUGAGUCUGUAAAGUCAAGUGUGAAAUCUGAGUGUUCAACUCAGUGAGAUGAGACCAACAUCAUGACAAACAACCAUGAUGAACUCUAGAUGUGUAAACAUUCAUCCAGGGACUUGUUGUUGUUCGUUCACAUGAUGCAGUUUAUGGAAAAGAGCAGAAACUGAACCAUUAGUGAUGUUAAACAAUGAGUCUGGUCUGUGUUCACACAGAGUUAUGAUCACACUAAUGAAGACUGGAGCUAAAAUCCUGCAGGAAAUGUGGAAUAACGUCUUUGUCUAACUUCACUAUGUCACUCAUGGCCUUGAUGUGAAGCUCCUCAAUGCCUGAAGUCACUCAAAGUGACUGUAACACAGUUAUUUUACUUAAGAGUAUUUAUGUGCAGACAUAAUGAAAACAUAUUAAAAGGCAGCACAGACAGUGCAGGUUCAGCAGCUUGGUUCUACUUUUCCAUCCAUCCCUGUACAUCUGGUUCUGAAACACACACUAAUAGUAGAACUUCACCUGGACGACAGACAGUCAGUUUAACAGCAUCAGUGAACAGGUUGAACUCCUCCUCUGCUUCUUCCCUCUGUGAUGGAGCUGCACUCCUACAGUACAAACUUGUAGUUAGAGGACGACCUCCCUACCAGCUGUGUUUAGAUGGAACCAUGACCUCUGCUGCCUUCUCCACCUGUACACAAUCUAUGAAGACACUUUCUCACAGCUACAGUAAUUGAACUCAUAACGCAUAUUUACUUAUUGUAUAAUCUUUUAUUUUACAGUUUCAAUACCCUGCUUAACUCGUUACCUCACACUGUAACUGAUGUAAACAUGAAAUAGUGGAACAGCCAAAAAAAUGCUUUGUUGAAAAUCCUACUUUUUUCCUCUGAUUGAACAUAAAACAGCAUCUUUUAGGUAAAUAAAAUAACAUUGAGUUAAACAUUACAGUUUUAUUAGAUUAGUCCCAGCAGCAGCCAAGUAACUAGAAACAGAAUAUACGUAACAUAUUGGAAACAGUUUGGAUCUCUGUCAUCCUGUGGCAUUGCUGCUUUAUUACUCUGCUGAUUCUGAUCUCCUGGUUCUUUUUCUAACUUCGCCUGGUGUUUCACUAUGGGAAUCGCCUCGGCGUGACCAACCAUGGAAGCUCCAAUGACACAACGUCUGUCAGAGACAGACAGGCCGAGCCGGUUUCUUAUAAACUGAGAGGGGGCGGAGCCUCAGUGAUCACGUGAUCCAGGUAUACGAGCGAAACCGAAGGUUUUCAGUGAGUUCAUACUCCAUUUAGAGAGAACAGAGCAGACGGAGGAAAAGUUAAAUAAACACCAGAAGGAAGAGGAAUAAACGUUGAGGAGAAGAUGAGUUUUUGUGUGGAGGAAGAGGACGGAGCAGAGUCUCCAGGAUCCAGAUGUGUGACUAUGAAGAAUGACUGGUCCAGAUGUGAACCUCCAUCAUUCAGUCCUGAACCUGGAGCCUCAGACACAAAAGUCCAGGACCAGAGACAAAAAGCAGAACCUCCAGGACCCAGCUGUCUGUCUAUGAAGAGUGACCGGUCCAAAGAUGAUCCUCCAAACCUCAGUAAUGAACCUGGAGCCUCAGACACAAAAGUCCAGAACCAGAGACAAAGAGCAGAACCUCCAGGACCCAGCUGUCUGUCUAUGAAGAGUGAAUGGUCCAGACAUGAGCCUAUUAACUUCAGUGAUGAACCUGGAGCCACAGACACAAAGUCCCAUCAGAGACAGGGAUCUGCUGGACCUGAACCUGGACACAGCUGUGUGUCCUUCAAGAGUGACUGGUCAAAGGAUGGUUUUAAUUUCAAAGACCAACCUGUAUCAGAGUCACAAGUGGACCAGCAGAGCUCAGAGGUUCCCAGUGCUCAGUCUGUCCAGCAGCACCAAACACACCUAAACUCCAUAUUUAUGCUGUUGGAGGACAACAUUGUCAUGUUUGUGAAGAAGGAGGUGAAGAAGAUCCAGAGGGUUCUGAGUCCAGAUUACCCAGAAUGCUUAGAGAGUCAGAGGGAGGAUGAGGAGGAGUUGGAUGGUGAGGAUGAAGAGCAGAGGAGGAGCAGCAGAGACGCGUUUCUGAAGAUCACAGUGAACUUCCUGAGGAGGAUGAAGCAGGAGGAGCUGGCUGACUGUCUGCAGAAUUUGAUGGUUCCAGUACCAGAGCCACGGCCCAUCACAUAUUACCAGCAGAUGCUUCAAUCAAACCUCCAAGACCAGUUUGUGUGUGUGAAACCAGGCUGGUCAGAAGACGACCAACGUCUGGAUGACAUCUACACAGACCUGUACAUCACAGCUGGGCCGGAUUCACACAUCAACACACAGCAUGAGGUCCAACAGCUUGAGACGACACAGCAGAAGCAAAGAUCAGCAGAGGAGCCAGUGAAGCCCAGUGACCUGUUCAAACAUCCCCCUGGUAAAUACAGACGCAUCAGAACAGUGUUGACCAAUGGAAUCGCUGGGAUUGGAAAAACAGUCCUUGUGAACAAGUUUGUGUUGGACUGGACCCAACAAAGGUCUAAUCAAGACGUGCAUCUGAUUUUCCCUUUCACCUUCCGUCGUCUGAAUCCACUGAAGGGACAGAAGUUUAGUUUGUCAGAGCUCAUUCAUGAAUGUAUCCCAGAAACUGAGUCCAUCAGCCUGGAGGCUCUGAAUUACAUCUUUACACAUCUACAGUCAUCAGGAAACAGCAACUAUGACAAGAGCAGCUUCAAACUGCUCUUUGUGUUUGAUGGACUGGACGAGAGUCGCCUCCAACUGGACUGCAGCACCAGUAAGAAGGAGACGGGUCAACGUGACGUCACAGAGUCCACCUCAGUGGAUGAGCUGUUGACAAACCUCAUCAGAGGAAAACUACUACGCUCUGCUCGCAUUUGGAUCACCACACGGCCUGCAGCAGCCAAUCAGAUUCAUGGAGACUUUGUUGAGGUGGUGACGGAGGUCAGAGGGUUCACUGACCCACAGAAGGAGGAGUACUUCAGGAAGAGAUUCACAGAUGAGGAGCAGAGCAACAGAAUCAUGUCCCACAUCAAGACGGCACAAAGCCUCCACAUCAUGUGCCACAUCCCAGUCUUCUGCUGGAUCACUGCUACGGUUCUGGAGGAUCUGCUGGAAACCAGAGAGGGAGGAGAGCUGCCCAAGACCCUGACGGAGAUGUACGCAGAGUUCCUGAGGUUUCAGAUGGAUCGAACUAAAGACAAAUACGGACCAGAACAGAGCAGAAACUACAUCAAGUCAUUAGCUAAACUGGCUUUUAAGCAGCUGCUAAAGGGAAACUUGAUCUUCUAUGAGGAAGAUCUGAAAGAGAGCGGCAUCGAUGUCAGAGGAGCCUCAGUGUGUUCAGGAGUGUUCACAGAGAUCUUUAAACAAGAGCGAGGGAGGAAAGCCAAGAACAAGAUGUUCAGCUUUGUUCAUCUGAGCGUUCAGGAGUUUCUGGCUGCUGUUCACAUGAUGCUCUGUUACACCAACGGGAAGAUGGAGAAACUAGACAACUUCCUGAAAUACUCCAAACACAAAGAAUCUAAACUUAAAAAAAUAAAACAGUUGUUUGUUCAUCCUUCAACUCACUCAUCUCUGGAUGUUGUCCUGAGUAGAACCAUGGAGAAAUCCCUCCUCAGUCCAAGUGGCCACCUGGACCUGUUUGUUCGCUUCCUUCAUGGCCUCUGUCUGGAGUCCAACCACAGAAUCUUAGGAGGUUUGCUGGGUCACACAGAGAUCAGUCCAGAAACCAUCCAGACAAUCAUCAACAACCUGAAGGAGAUGAACAGUGAUAGAAUCUCUCCAGACAGAAGCAUCAACAUCUUCCACUGUCUGAUGGAGAUGAACGACCACUCAGUCCAUCAGCAGAUCCAAGAGUUCCUGAAGUCAGAGAACAGAUCAGAGAAGGAACUCUCUGAGAUCCAGUGCUCAGCUCUGGCCUACAUGCUGCAGAUGUCAGAGGAGGUUCUGGAUGAGUUGGACCUGAACCAGUACAACACAUCAGAGGAGGGACGAUGGAGACUGAUCCCAGCUGUGAGGAACUGCAGAAAGGCUCGACUUUCUGGCUGUGGACUCACAGAGACUCACUGUGAAGUUGUGGCCUCAGCUCUGAAGUCCAACCCGUCACAUCUGACACAUCUGGACCUGAGUAACAACGACCUGCAGGACUCAGUGGAGGUUCUGUGUGCUGGACUGAAGAGUCCUCACUGUCGACUGGAGACUCUGAGACUGAGUGUGUGUGACCUGUCAGAGAGAAGCUGUGAAGCUCUGUCCUCAGUUCUCAGCUCUCAGUCCUCUAGUCUGAGAGAACUGGACCUGAGUAACAACAACCUGCAGGAUUCAGGAGUGAAGCUACUGUGUGCUGGACUGAAGAGUCCUCACUGUCGACUGGAGACUCUCAGAUUGAGUGGCUGCAGUUUGUCAGAGAUCAGCUGUGAUUCUCUGGUCUCAGCUCUGAAGUCCAACCUGUCACAUCUGACACAACUGGACCUGAGUAACAACAACCUGCAGAAUUCAUCAGUGAAGCAUCUGUGUGGUUUUGUGGAGAGUCGUCACUGUCGACUGGAGACUCUGAGACUGAGUGUGUGUGACCUGUCAGAGAGAAGCUGUGAAGCUCUGUCCUCAGUUCUCAGCUCUCAGUCCUCACUGUCGACUGGAGACUCUCAGGCUGUCAGGCUGUCUGCUCUCAGAGGAAGCUUGUGUCUCUCUGGCCUCAGCUCUGAGCUCCAACCCCUCCCAUCUGAGAGAGCUGGACCUGAGCUACAAUCAUCCAGGAGACUCAGGUGUCACAGCACUGGACGUGGAGCUCCACAUCCUGACGACAGCCAGGCCAGUAGAACCUCUGCCUCAGACGGCGAAUCGUUUUGGUGUUGCCGUAGUGACCAGCCCCUGCCGUUCCAUGGACCAGUUGGAGGACCUCGGGCCGCAGGGCGCGAGGAACCAGAAGCUGUAGUUUGUCCGAUCCUUGGUCUGGCGCUCGCCACCGUCGGUACAGCACUCCGCCGUGCAGCUCCAAGUUACCCCACUGAGAAUAGAGGACCUUUACCUCAGGCUCCUCUGCAGACACUGCUGUCCAGUCUGGACGCUGCCGAGCUUCCAGCCAGGCUCUCGCCAUUACUAGCACAGGGUCGGCCCCUUGGUGAUGGCGUAAAUGUUCCUCAGUGGACCAUUGCUCUGCCUCUGCGCUGUCACCUCCAAGGCAGGCGGCGGCUGCCUCGGGUGCCCGCUCCCUCUCUUCCUGACGCUGGCAGUGGCGACACUCCUCCGCAGCGCAGGGUCGCCUGGAGAGGGCAUCGGCGUUGCUGUGCUGUUGCCCCGGUCGAUGUUGGAUCUCAAAGUCAUACUUCUGCAACACUUCCAGCCACCUCGCCAGCUGACCCUCAGGUUGCCGGAAGUUGAGCAGCCAAGUAAGAGAGGCAUGGUCAGUGCGCAGGGUGAACCAAUUGCCAAGCAGGUAGGGUCUGUAGUGCCGCACAGCCAGGACCACUGCCAGCAACUCCCGCCUGGUCACACAGUAGUUGCGCUUCUCGGUUCAGACUGCAGCUGUAGAAAGCCACCGCUCUCUCACCUGCCUCCCCCCCUUGAGAGAGGACGGCCCCAACCCCCACAUUGCUGGCGUCAAUGGUGUCGGUGUCAAGGAUGAAAGGCUGCUGGGGGUCAGGGAGGGCCAGGACCGGAGCAUCAACCAAGGCCGCCUUCAGUUGCUGGAAGGCAGUGGUGCAGGUGCUAGACCACUCGAACCGCUUGCCCUUCUCCGUCAGUCGAUGUAGUGGGCUGGCGAUAGUGGCGAAACCCCGAACGAACCUCUGGUAAUAGGAGGCUAGCCCCAGGAAGCUCCUCAGCUCACUGACGGUGGUGGGCGUUGGCCAGUCCCGGACAGCCGAUACCUUGGCCUGGUCUGUGGACACCCCACGUGCGCUGACCACAUGCCCCAGGAACACCGUUUCUCCGGCCAGCAGAUUGCACUUUACCGGGUUCAGCCGGAGCCCAGCCUGACGGAUGACGGUGAAGACCUCCCGCAGGUUUACAAGCGCACCCUCAAAGUCUCUGGCGUGCACUAACAAAUCGUCCAGAUACACCACACAGCGGCUCCGGGGAAUGUCCUUCAGUACCCUCUCCAUGAGGCGCCAUGAAGGUGGCAGGGGCAUUACACAGUCCAAAUGGCAUAACUCAGAACGGCCACAGUCCCUGGCCGAUGGUAAAAGCCGUUUUGGCUCGACUGAAGUGGCACGGUCUCCGUGCCGAAGCAUAGGGCUAGCCCCGACACAUCAACACACGCACCCCAGCGGGUUAGCAGGUCUAGGCCGAUGAUGCACUCGUCGCGGAUGUCAGCAAGCCAAAACUCAUGGCUCACCUCUAGCUCCUUCAUAGUGACCUGCAGCGCCCGUUUUCCUGGCAUCACAGUCUUUUCCCCAGUAACAGUCACUAGUUCUGUUGUAGUGGGGGUCCACCCCUCCGGGAGUGGACCGGUUGUCCCCGGGAGAAACCCCCGUUGCAGCAAGCAGAUGGUAGACCCCGUAUGCACCAGGGCCUGACGUUGCUGAUCCUCUAUAACACAGUCCACAUAUAGUCCUUUAAUAAAUCCGCAGCGACCCACUGUGUGAAAGUUCCCGGGGUGUGUGUGAUUGGAGUGAGUGUCCCCUCACCACCUCACUCCGCUCCCGUUUCCCGACGGUGACCCGGCCUUAGCUUUCGGUGAGGGGGCGGGGCAGUCACGAGCAAAAUGUCCCAGUUCACCACAACGGAAACAGCCGCUGUCCUCCCGGCGAGGUCGACGCGCCGGAACGGCAGCUGGUUGGGCUCGGCUGACGUUCUCCUCUGACGCCUCCGUCUCACCGCUGCACUCGGCCGCCCUCACUAGCGAUGGCUGGUCCAGGAGCCUCCGCUGUGAUGGAAAAGCGUGCAAACUCAGCUCUUCCCGAGCGGCGGCAGGAAAUGAGGGGUAGCCGCGCCGCGAGUGGAGUUGUAGAUCGGCGGCGAACGUCCCCAGACUCUCCCCCUCACUGCGACGACGAAGGGCUAACUGCUCUGUCGAUGUCCGCUGUCCGAAGCGUCUCUCCAGCGCCGCGGUGAUCACCGGUAACUCUGCCGUUGCUCCGGUGCGACGUCAAUUAGCACCUGCAGAGCGGGACCCUCCAGAGCCAGCUGCGUCGCCGUGUCUUUGCCGCUCCAACCACCGUGCAGCGCUGCGAGCUGGACCUGAGCGGGGUAGGGCUCCAGGGGAGUCAGCCCGUUGAACCUCGGGAGCUUGACCGGUGUUUUGGGUGUCGAGCUCGGUGCAGCGCUGUCCGGGACUGUCUCUGCUCGUGACGGUUGUUCAUCACCGCGGGCUUUGCUCGUUUUAUGCAGAGGAAACCUGGGCACUCUGGAGUCAUCGGGUGCGUCUGGAUCGCGGCCUCGCCCGCAUCAGCUUAUUCAGAAGCAGGCUGCUUUGCCCCCCGGAUCGCUACAAUAUCAUCAGGUGUUUAGCUGCACAGACACACGCUGAGCUGAGGGCAGAGACUCAUAGACUUGUGUUGAAUAGAACUCUGUGACCUUCUGCUUUGUCUGUGUCUGAGCUGAAGCCAGUUUCCUGUUUGUCAAACAUGUAGAGAAGAUGCUUGUCAUCGUGGUGCAGGCGGAGAAGUUGCUCUUUUCUAAGCAGAGGAUGCAGCUUCACAGCUUAGAUGGAAACUGUGAGUGAGCCAACGUUUAAGUUGUCACCAUGUUAGAAGAUGUUUGAUGUGUUUUAUUAGCACUAAAUGAAGAUGAGCAGGAGUCAGAGCCUCACUCAGACUCAGUGUUGGUUUAACAGCUCUCCCUGUGGGAAAUAAAAGACACCAGCUCCUAAGGAA